CUGUAUAUUUCUACACGAUAGUAAUUUUGUUUUUACAAAAUAUAUAAAUUCAAAACUUCAGAAAUCUUGAGUUCAAAACUUAUUUUUUGAGACAUGGGUGGUCUUAACGGUCUCGGGUGGUGGGUCAGUUACGCUUCGGAUGACUUUGAAGCCUGGAAAUGCAUCGGCUUGGCGAGAGCGUUGAGGAGAACGCUGACCACAAGGCCAUUCAUGGUCAUUGCGAGUAAUCAGGUUAGGAGAGAAAUCAGUUUUCUGCUGCAAGAUGAAGUGGACAAAGUUUACUUUUCGAAACCGGUCGAGAAUUUAUCAUUCCGAUCGUUGGCUAAACUCAAACUGCAGCAAUUGAUGGCUGGUGAGCGUCAGCAGCGAUUCGUUCUGCUGGAUUGCAACUGUCUUCCAAUCAAGAACUGUGACGACCUUUUCCGGCUAAAUGGCGUCCAGUGGUCCGAAUUAGGGGAAACUGGCGAGGAGUUUGCUGCGAUAGUGGCGAAUUCAACGUUGAUGAGAGACGGUGAUCUUGACACGGUCAUGCGACUUGUGGUUGGACGGGAAACAUUGAAAAGUGGCCUUUAUGGUAAUGAGACUACAGAGCCGGCCCUGAAUGAGAUUAACUACUGUUUUGAGCUGGAUAUGAAAAGGUCGUGGAACGAUUACCGUGACAUUAUGCAGAAAGCGGAAGGCAGUGAAAAAGACCUCUGUAACAAUAUGAGGACUGAACUUGGACCGCUUACUGCAAAAAUAUCUUACUUUCUUGAAUUAAUCGGGCCCAGCUAUUCUACAGAGAGUGGUUGUUCUACCUCCAUUGAGGGGGUGGACAUGGCCUGCGACAAAUUGCGAAACGAAGCUUGCGACCUCGCUAUCGUUCUAGGAGCCAACCUUCUUUUGGACCCCUUUACACCGGGAAUAGUAGAGGGAUCACUCGCUCCGAAUGGUAGGUGCGAGACAGUUGACGCCAGUACGGACGAAAUUGGCAGGGCGGAAGGGGUUGGUGUUCUAAUUCUGAAGCGACUGUCGGAUGCGGUUUCGAAUGGGGACAGGAUAUGGGGCGUGAUUCGUAGUUCAGCAGUGGUGGGGGAAGGAAAGAGCAGAACCAUGGGCACAUCCACUGCAAAUGUGGAAACUAACGCUAUGCAGUUAGCACUUGAACGGGCCUGGAUCCAUCCUGAUGAUGUAGAUUUUGUGGAACCUCAUGGAACAAUAUUUGGCGACCCGAUCGAGUUGGCUGCCAUUUCAAAAGCGUACUCUUCCCCUUGUCGUGAUAAGCUGAUAAUUGGAUCGGCAGAGACCAAUAUCGGUCACACAGAAUCAGUUAGCGGGAUUGCUGGAAUACAGAAAACGCUUCUAUCCAUGCACCACAAUCUCAUACCGAGACAUUUGCAUAUCACUAAACUAAACCCCGAAAUUGAUCUGACAGCGAUACCCGCCGAACUCUCUAUGCAAGCAAUUCCAUGGGAAAGAAAAAUGUGUGGUAAACCUCGGAUUGCUGGAAUCAACUCUUUCGGGAUAACCGGAGCUCAGGCUCAUUUAAUUCUCGAGGAACCCCCGCAAACCAAACUUUCUCCGGUCAUUACGCUCGCUGAUUCCAGGCAACACAGAAUUCUAACGUUUUCCGCUAAAACUGAGACAGCAUUACAGGCCCAGUUAAACCUGUACAAGGAUUUACUCGAACCAUCAAAAAAUGUUUCGCUAGAAGACAUGGAAUACACAAUGCACACAUCCCGAACACACUUUCCUGUGCGACAAGUUGUUGUAGGAUCAACCAACGAAAAUAUCAUAUCGUCACUUGAAUCUCUACAGAAACCAAAACAAAUUCCUGGGACACCACCGCGUCUCUGUUUUCUAUUUACUGGUCAGGGUUCGCAGUAUGGGGGUAUGGCUAAAUCUCUUUACUUCGAAAGCGUUGUUUUCCGGUCAACGUUCGACUGGUGUGACUCCGUUCUGAGCUUGGAGUAUGGCUUAAAUAUUAAGCGAGCCAUUUUGGAAGAUGAAUUUGCUCAUCUUCUCAGUUCUACAUUGUACAGUCAGAUUGGCAUUUUCUGUGUGGAAUUUGGUCUGCUCCGGUUGUGGGAAUCGUGGGGCGUCAUCCCGGAAGCUGUCAUGGGCCACAGCUUGGGGGAAUUUGUUGCCGCGGUAGCGGCUGGCAUGUUGAAGCCGCUGGACGCUCUGAAGAUGGUAGCCACCAGAUCUAAACUUAUCAAUGUCCUACCGUCUUCGGGGAUGUUGGUAGUUGCUCGUGACCUGGGUACCUGUAAAAUGGAAAUGAGUCGUGCAUUUGGCAAUUCAAACCAGUAUUUGGACAUUGCUGCGGUUAAUUCCCAACAGCAAACUGUUGUUUCUGGAUCACACAAAAUGAUUAAUGAAUUUAAAAUAUUCUGUGAGAAUAAUGGAAUCACGACGCUUGUGCUUGACUCCUCUCAUGCAUUUCACUCCAAACUUAUGGAUCCCAUAGAACGUGAUUAUGAUGCAUUACUAUCGAGUGUGAAAUUUCGGAAGCCAUCGAAAUGCAAGUUUAUAUCUGGCGUGGAGGGACGAAUUAUAUCGGAAGUUGAUAAAAACUAUUGGUGGAGACACACUAGGGAGAAAGUUUGCUUUCUUCAAGCAUGCAAGUCGGCUGGGAGAGAAGGGUUGACCAUGUUCCUUGAAAUAGGACCACACCCGGUGCUUUCCGCAUUUGUGCUAAAAAAUUUGCAUGAGAUUUCGGAAAUUUCUGCUAUCCCAUCUAUUCGCAGAAAAAGUAAUGAUUGGGAAACCAUGUUGUCUUCCGUAGGGAAACUUUACACAUGUGGUAUUUCCAUCAACUGGAACAAUUUCCACCGCUACUCGUCUGGGAAAAUCAUUGAAGUUCCCGGCAAUCAUUUUGAAGAAACCAGGCAUUGAAUUCCAAUUAACGAUGAUAAAUAUUAUCUGAAAAAGUCUUCACAGAUUAGUCGAAUUUUUUCAAAUUUCAAAUGAUUUGCACACCUCCAAUUUUUUUCAAAACUGAACAUAAUAUUUCCAAAAUGGGAAAAGGUGAUCCGAAGCAGAUCGAUUCAUUUUCCCCUAUCGAUACGGCGGCUAUACCUAAAAAGAGCGGUAAAAGAUGAAGCUUCCACCGUUACCAAGUUGCAAAUUCUGCUAGACAUUUCGCUCAAGUGAUGUGGAGGAUGCGCAUAUUCUUUUAGAGAUACAUAAAUAUUGAAAGAAUGUUACAAUUUUUGAGGAAAAAAAUAAACUUGGUUAAAUUUAAU